UUUCAGCAUACGUCUGGUUAAGCAUGCGUUGCCAACUAGUAAUCUUUUUCUCUGCUCUCUCCAUUGCUGUCCAUGGUCGGUCUUUUUAUACGGUAAGUCAUAUUUAAUUAAUAUAUAAUAAUAGUAAUAAUAAUAAUAAUAAUAAUAACAAAAUUAAGCCUCGCCGAACAAAUAUCAAAAAAUGUUUUACCGCCCAAUACAAAAUUGAAGAUCGGCGUCGCCCUCAGAAAGUUGUCAGUAAACGAUUUAAGUCACCUUACUGGCUUAACACCAGUGGCCUAUAUUUAAGGGCGCUUUGGCUGGCCACACCAGGGCUGGCGCGGUAAGGAGUAUUUUAAUGUUAAUCAAGACUAUCCAGCCAGAUCAGUUAAUAUAGCAUGCGCGGCAGUGAUAAGUUUAAGGGUAAAUGACGAGAAAUGACUUACGUUUCAUUUUCAAAACGAGUAGUUAGUCCUGCCAGUUCAACUUGGGAAAGCGCUCUUGAUUUUUAUUACAUAACUGACUAGAUUUACAAAAGGUUGAUACUGUGUUGAUUCAAAUUCCUUUUUGCUCAACCGUCUCUUAUAGUGGCUCGACCCAGCAUUUUUAUAGGCAAACCCUCCAUUUUUGAAUCUCGUAUACUUAAACAAAUCCGCCGGUCUGCAUUGUAAAAUGAUUAUAACACAUGGAUUUCACUUAGACUAAACUAUUAUUUUUUAUGGCGAUCAGAAUAAAUGUCACGUGACAAUGACGUCACGAUGGUUUUAGCUAUAAAACGAAUUUCAGCCCUGUUCGGGAUUUUAUAUUGAAAAUGCCUCAAGCUACGCAUUCUUUGGAUCAAUGUCCUCUGCUGUGCGAAGUGUCACAAAAAUCUAUAAGGGAAAUUUCGAGAUAUCAUGGCCUUCUAGAAAAAGGGUAUAAAUUAUGCAUACAUUAAGGACUGGACUUAAUGCAGAAAAAUUUGCUACUUUUUAGAUGUUUUCGAAAAGGUUUUGUCACUCAUAUUCGUCUUGCAAAUGACCCUUAUCACCAUAUAGGUCACUGUACAGGUUGCCCUCUGAAAUCUUUUCUCUAUUGUUUUCUCCCAUUCUACAGCAUUGCCAUAUUUCGGAAAGAUUUCAGAGGGCAACCAAGCAAGGUAAAUUCUGGCGUGCUGCAUCGGAAUUUGAUGUUGUGCUAAACUCGAGACAAUAGGAAGUCCCAGAGCAAAACCUUAGCCAGAUUUAUGACAUCGCUUCAAUAUUUGCUUACUUUUGAGCUCAUGUUAGACAACUUUAGAAGUUUUCAAUCGGCAUGAAAUUCAGGGUCUUAAUAGUACCCUGAUCAAUUAAUAUACUAAAAAUGAAUAUAAAAAAUCUAUCGACGAAUUAUAUAUGUUUUAAUCGCGGUUUUCUUGAAAGUAGCCUUAGAAAUUACAAAAAGAGCUCAGCAUUACGUUUUACCCUGAUUGAUACGUUUUGAUGUGUUUCGAACUCGCGCAAGAGUACCUGCGUUCAGCGCCUUCCAAAGUGUAUAAGGGUCAUUUGCAAAACGAAUGAGUGAUAAAACCUUUUCGGAAACAUCCAAAAAGUAGCAAUUUUUUCUGCAUUAAUUCCAGUCAUGAGUGCAUGUAUAAUUUAUACCCUUUUUAUAGAAAUUCCAUGAUAUUGUGAAAUUUCUUUUGUAAGCUGUACGUAGAUUUUUGUGAAACUUCGCACAGCAGAAGACAAUACGUAACGUAAAAAGCAUUUCAAAAGAAAAUGCCGAACAGGUCACAUCGUAACAUCAUUGCCACGUGACAUUUCCGAUCGCCCAAAAAAUAAUACCAUAAUAAAGUUUAGUCUAAGUGUAAUCCGUUUAUUAUAAUCGUUUUACAAUAUAGACAGAUCUGUUAAUUAAUAAGUGUAGGAGAUUCAAAGAUUUAGGGUGUGCCUAUGAAAAUACUGGGUCAAGCCACCUUAAGUAGCCGUUAUUAAACUAAUUGUGCGGCCAAUGCCAUAGUUUCUCUUUUCUCGAUCUAUACUGAGGAGAAAGCAGAGACCUUUUUUUCUUCAGGGGAAGUGACAACCUGAAAAUGCCACCUCCAACUUGACCAGUUAGACAGGUUCACUGCAAGUAGUCGCUUCCGGUAAUACCUGUUAUUUUGACCUUUAAAAGUAAAUUGACAUUAUAGUUAUGUCAGUGUUUUUUUUACCAUGAUUACUAGAUCACAUCCCCUCUAAAAUUAAGAUUAUUUCAUCCUUUUCGCUUAAUUGCUAAGAUGUUGUUUUUGUUUAUUAUUUUCAUAUAAUGAUAUCGAUCAACAAAGAGAGGUAGAGAGAAGAGGUGUGGUAAGUAUUGUAUACCGGUUGUACUUUUUGUAGUGUUUUUUAAGGAAUUCUUCAAAUGAUUUUCGCAGAAUAUUUCCUAAAAUUUUACCUUAUUUUAAAAUAAGUUCAAUGAGCCACUCCCUUAGAGUUUCUAUUAGUGCGAGGAGUACUUUGCUAGGACUGAUAAGUUCUCGUUAGUAAGAUACUCGCCUAUGCGUAUCACAUUGCAAGGAGGUCACUAAACCGUCAUGAGCGUGUGCAUGAGAUGAUAGGUUUGAUGGGCAGGUUUUUUUGUCUUCGAAGUGGUACCAUAUAAUUUUGGACGGUCAAGCUCUCCAAACAGACUGCUGGACUGUGAUAAUUCUUUCUGUCUACAUCUCUGAGAAAGGGGUUAAAAAAGCUGAAAAGGGGUUAUUGUUUAAUAAGCAUCUUUUUGACAAAAAUUGAUAAUGACCAUAAUGGAGGCGAGGUUUUAAGCCCUUCACUUUUAGACCUUUUUAUUUUAAAAGUCAUCUGCUUUUUUUCUGGGCAACGAUCUCAAUAUACACACUGCAAGGGAAACGUAACUAACAGACAACGUCAUCUUAUGUUUGCAUUUCCAUACAGGUACGUGCCAAGCAAAUGGCAAAACAUACCAGGAUGGCGAUACAAUUAUUUAUCAUAAUGUCACUACCCCUAUUGAGAGCGCCAGUUGUACCCAGUGCGACUGCUCGGCUGGAAGCAUUAAUAACUGUUAUUUCUACUACUGCGACAUCGGUCUCGGUUCAUUUUUAAUAGAUGGUUGCGAAAGGUGGAGCGUUGGUGUGGAAGGAGUAUGCUGCCCAAAAUGUGGUAAGAAAAAAAGGGCCUUAACGAAAUUCAUUUCUUUAAUUAUGGCCGUCUCCCAGUUUAGCUUAAAGACUGUGUACUGUCCAGCGGAGUGAAAGUGAGAUCUUAAUUAGCAUACUUCAGAGGAUGAACUUAGUGUUUUUGUGCACAGAAGCAGAAAGUACAUCAUCUAAACGGUCAUACCUGAGGAUUUCAUCCAUUGACUCAAUGAUUCUUAAUCACCUUGUAAACAGUACGAAGGAAAAAUACCGUCUGGUAUAUCUUUUACUCGACACGAUCCCUUUAGGAUUUCAUCCCCUGUCGUAAAUUUUAAGUCUCCUUGUAAGACAUUUUUUUGGCGUUUUUUUGAUAACGCCGAUAGAACUUCUUACAAGUUAUUAUGGUAUUUUGAUUGAUUGAUCAAACUUAGUUGCUUUUCUAAGAAAUGAAAGAUCCACACCCUCUUGUUUUAUAGAGUGUGUCAGCAAUGGCCAACAAAUGUCUGUUGGUGACUCCUGGAUCAGACGCACGACUCCUGAUGUGUGUUACGAGUGCUCAUGCUCAGAAUCAGCAGCUGCUGAAUGCUAUCAAAUACAAUGUUUGCCUUGUGAUGGAGUCACAGUCACUGUUCCUGGAAGGUGUUGUCCGAGAUGUGAUCCGGGUGAGUAUAAAGGAGGGGUCAGGGCAGGAGUCAGGGGCUCCUGAUGUUUAUGUCUACUAAUAAAAGACAAGGCACCAGAUGUGUCCUGAGGGUAUGGAAAGAGGUACAUGUAGAUCAUGACGCACAUUAAACUUUUGCGAUCGUCCAAUGGACCAAGUUAAUUGCAAGCACAAGGUCCUAAAUGGAACAAUAAACCAGGUAGGAGGAGCAAGAAUCCUUAGGGCCCUCGUUUUUGCAUAACGCAACUUUAGAUUAAGUGUGAAUUUUCUUGAACCAUAGCAUUUGCUUCAGAGGGUUUUCUCGCACGGAAUCUUAGUUAACUGGGAAGAAAAUUUCUCGGAACACUCAAAGGAACUGUUAAAAAAAAUUGCAUUUUAAUCUUGAUCCUUGCAAGGAACGUGGAAGUCGAUUUCUUCUUCUUCUUUCCAGAGAAUAUUAAACUAAAAAAAAGGAAAAGAAAGUCAGGACACAAAAUGUACUUUAUUACAUUAGUUACAUUAUAACAUUAUUAUAUUAAUGAACUAAGUAUUUUAGUGGGCUUUUAUAAUUAUAUAGCUCCAUUGAGUAUCUUGUAGCUCAGUGGUAGAGCAUCUGGACUAGUAAUCCCAACGUCAUAUGUUCGACUCCAGUUAAGAGUACUCGGACUUUUUCUUCUUUCACUGACACAGCCAUCUGUUUUCUAUCUCUACACAUAGUGACCACCACCACAACAGCUACGCAAGUCUUCACCAUUGUGCUCACCACUCCCCGUAGGCCUCCGGUGUUUCCUGAAUUUCCCUGGGGUGACGAGGGCGUGGACUAUGAAGACAUGAAUGACAACCAGUGAAAGGAUUAGAUGGGUAUGUAAAUCAUUUAUUAUAAGUGUUACUGGAAUUGAUACAAAAGAGAGAUCUCAACGAAUGUCUUCAUCACACUUGGAUUCGUUAAAAUUCUCCUCUGGGGAUAAUAUGUACUCUAAGGGAAGUUUCAUGCCCAGGAAUAUCAGCCAUAGUAUGACGUGGAGCCGCAUGUUUCUGUUGUCAAGGCCCGGUCCCCCGCUUCCUUCAAACUGUGGGAACUGCCACCAAACUGAGGAACUGAUCAUAUAAAAAUAAUCUCUCAAACCAUUGAAAGAGGGGACUAAAAUACAAAAUUAAAGAAAGGAUAACAAACUUGAAGAAGAUUAGAACUGGCUGUAAUAGUGGUUUUUAAAAACUUGUUAGUCUGGCAUUUUUUCAAUAAUAAUGUCUGACACUAGGCUGUGAUUUCGUCAAGUACAAGUUAUCAGUUCUUCGCUGACGUUAAGUUCAGACCGGCACCAAUCACAUCAACCCCACAAAGAAUCAGUCUUCGUAAUUAGGUGGGGUGGAUAAUGUAGAUAAAAGUUUUUAUACACACUGCCAUCUGUGGAACAAGUUUUGAUUAGCCAGCGCUCGGUUUCUGAAAGAAGGAGGGUUCGGAGGAAGCAGAGAUUCUGAUCAGGAAUUUAGUCGUAAUUCCUUCUUGAGGAUCCCUUCGCAUGGUCAAGAGAAGAAAGAAAGAAAGGAACGGUAUGGGCGCCAGCUGCCCAUAUGAGCCUUGUUCCCAGGAAAGCCUUUUUAGCUACUUUCAGUGACAAGUGAAAGCGACGAGAAAAUUUAAUUUCAAAACGUUUUAUCCUUCGAGUGUUUUUUUUUCUUUUUUGCCAUUGUUUUAAACUAAACUGUUCUUUCAGACGCUGUCAUUAUACAGGUAUCCCAUAAUAAUAAACUAUUAUAAGGCCUUAAUUUGUGACGUCAUUUUCCAGGCAAAAAUGAGAAGUAAGAUGUAAAAAAAAAAUUAAAAACACCCGGAACCUUUUAGCCAAAGACAAAUUCUCGCAACGCUGUUUUGAAGUAAAAUAGACAAAUGUUCGAGAUUUGUAUUUGCUGGCGUUUUGUUACCAAAAUUUACAUGAGAGGAAUAAUCUAGGGAUCCUUUAUCCUGGUCUGUAAAGCACUUAAUUUUCCAUGUCUUUUGUUGCAGGACGUAUACAAAUCCUUUCAGGAACUGAAGAGCUAUUGAAGCAUAUGUAC